AUGCCUACAGCUACAAGAAAAACAAACUCCAGCAUAAGAGAGGUAGCCACCACCGCGCCGCUGUCACGGUGGCGACCAGACAGCGGGUGGGACUCGGAUGACCUUGGUGCUGAUCUCGAGUCGGAAACCAAUGUCUCCGAGAGGGAUUGGUAA